CGAGGAGAAGGAAACUUUACAGCUUGGGCCAAAAAUCAGCCAAAUAAUUUCAGAGGAGAAGAUUGUGUGCAUGCACUUGGUGUGGAAUACAGCUAUGAAUGGAAUGACGUGCAGUGUAGUGAUUGUCAUCCAUACACUUGUAAGAAAGAUCUAAAUGAAUGCGAUAGAAAGACAAAUGGUUGUCAUCAGCAUGCCAGUUGUACAAAUAAACGAGGAUCUUAUUCGUGCGAGUGUAACCACGGUUUUAUCGGAGAUGGCUUCAAGUGCGGUCCCAUCAUAGCGGAUUCCUGUUCUGCAAGGAGGAAAUACGUCAGUGUAAGCGGAAAUUACAAAAUUGAUCCAGAUGGACCGGGAGGACUGGCACCGUUUACUGUUUACUGCGACAUGAGUGACAAAAAUGGCGUUGGCGUGACAGUCAUCAGUCACAACAGUGAAGCCAGAACGCACGUAUAUACGGGAACUACAGACCGUGACAUUCAGUACCCAGGAGCGAGUCUUUCUCAGCUGGCGAGUCUCACCAGAGUCUCCGCACACUGUGAACAGUUUAUCAAGUACGAGUGCCUCAAUUCUGUGAUGAGUGUUGGGUCAACUGCCUGGUGGGUGUCACGCGACUCUACUAGGAUGACGUACUGGGGUGGAGCAUCGCCUGGCAGUGGUAAGUGCGCAUGCGAGAUGACCAACUCAUGUGCAGACCCAAGUCGUGGUUGUAACUGUGAUAAGAAUGACAAUGUAUGGCGUGAAGACAGCGGUUUCCUGACUGAUAAGACGAGGCUGCCAGUUACCAAGCUGAAGUUUGGAGAUGUAGGCGGUAUCGAGGAAGGCUAUCAUACAUUAGGGAAACUGAAGUGCUAUGGAGUGUCUAAUAAAUAAGACCAAUGAAAAAUUCACUAUUACAAAUGAUUUAAAAUCGUGUUAUAAUUUAAUAAGCACCAAAGUAAUAAUAGGAAAAAAAUAAGUGAAAGUGCCAGUACGAUCAAACUUUUCGCUUCGCCUGUCUAAACCAUUUUCUUGUUCGAGAAAGGACUUGUUCUUUACGACUGUAGUUCUCGCACGUUUUCAGCCUCCAUUUUUAAUACGUUCCUGAAACCCGGUAAGGCUUAUGUUCUUCGGAAUACGGAUGAAAAAUGGCUCAAAUUUGUACGGUUAACGAUUUACGAAUCUGGUAGGCUGGGCAUUUGAAUGGAUUCCUAAGGAACGAAAUCAAUUUCUUUUAUAUAAGAGUUGUUUCUGCUAUAUAAUCAUAACAAUGUUAUUUCAGGUCGAAACAAAAUAAUCUAGACUUAACUUGAAAAACAGAAAAUUGACUUUGCAAUAUGUACAUUCUCUUUUCACAGUGGCAGUGUGAGCUGAUUGUGUAAGUUUAUCAGUUUGUCUCGUAACGGUAUUGCUUUGGCUUCAGGGGUGGAUUACGUACAUUGUGGUGAUACAGACAUCCAUUUAAAGUAAAGUUGGUAAUUUGUAUUGAAAAUAUGGUCUAGCACGGAAAGAUAAACUGGUGAACAUCACAGCAUAAAAGGAAAUUAAAAUGUACCACAAUUUACAGUUUUGAAGAGUGAAAUGAUUCUAGAAUUCUAUGCUAGAGUGAAACGAGGUAGUAUAGUGUAAACAUGGAGAUUAUUCCUUUUCCGUGUUAAAUUGUAAACAUGGUGGUACAAUUUCCGAUCCAAUUCAGUU